CUUUAUAACCCAUACUCUUAAUUAAUCAUUCUCUUUUUUAUCUAAUUUCAUCACAAAAGCAGCAUGGCCAAGUAUUUUGAGUUGAGAAAUGCUACUCAUCAUGUUUUGGCUAUUUUGCUACUUUGCAUUCUUGCAUGCUCUCUCUGUGUUUCAAGCCGUCCAGCCACUUUUCUUCAAGAUUUUACAGUCACAUGGUCUGAUGGCCAUUUAAGGCAAAUAGAUGGGGGCAGGGCUAUUCAACUUGUUCUUGACCAAAAUUCAGGAUGUGGAUUUGCUUCAAAAAGCAAGUAUUUGUUUGGUCGUGUAAGCAUGAGGAUAAAGCUCAUCCCUGGAGACUCUGCUGGGACUGUCACUGCAUUCUAUAUGAAUUCAGACACAGACAGUGUAAGAGAUGAGUUGGAUUUCGAGUUCUUGGGGAAUCGAUCUGGGCAGCCUUACACGGUUCAGACCAAUAUCUAUGCUCAUGGAAAAGGUGAUAGAGAACAGAGAGUUAACCUCUGGUUUGAUCCUGCUGCAGACUUCCAUCUCUACUCUAUACUUUGGAACCACCAUCAUGUUGUGUUCUACGUGGAUGAAGUGCCAAUCAGGGUUUACAAGAACAAUGAAGCCAAAGGAAUCCCAUAUCCCAAGCUCCAGGCAAUGGGAGUAUUCUCCACAUUGUGGGAGGCUGAUGACUGGGCCACACGAGGAGGCCUUGAGAAAAUUGAUUGGAGCAAAGCCCCCUUCUAUGCUUAUUACAAGGAUUUUGACAUUGAAGGGUGUCCACUCCCUGGACCGGCAACCUGUGCCACAAAUCCUGCAAACUGGUGGGAGGGCAGUGCCUAUCAAGCACUCAAUGCUGUUGAAGCUAGAAGAUACAGGUGGGUUCGCGUGAACCACAUGAUAUAUGAUUACUGCACCGACCGAUCUCGCUACCCAGUGCCGCCACCGGAGUGCCUGGCUGGCAUCUGAGAGAGUGAGAGUCAUCCAUAAUGACCAACCAUGCAACACGGGAAUGGUACUGUCAUUCGUGUUAAUGUCAUACUGUGAUAUACGUACAUGUCCCUUCUACGAUACAUUUGCGUGUGAAAAGAGCUGCUAGCCCAUGCAAAUAAAUGGGCAAUAAUAUGCCGUAAAGUGUGCAAAAGUCAAUAUCUAAUUAAAUGUACUCGUGUGCCUACGUAUAUCGUGCAAAUCAUUUAAGCUUUCUCCAUAAUUGUGAAAAUUAUUAUAUCCUCUUCUUCCAAGGAAGAUGAAGGUCUAUUCUAUUC